UGUUUCAAGACUAGGCUAGGGAACCCGUUUUAAUUACAACUACAGGCAACCUUCUAGCGAACUUAUGAAUAAUGACUUACAUAUAGCUUUGUGAAGCUGAAAAGCAGACCUACCCAGAUUAAUUAGCAUAUUGGAUGCUGCUCCUAAAUAUUUCACUCAGUCACGAUGUUUGUUAUGUAAAAAUGUCUGCUUGUCACUACACUUCAAGUGAACUACACAAAUUGGAUUCAAAACAUCUUAGACUCAAUCAAGCCCAGUGGGAAAUAGUUAAGGAAUUGGGUAUAAACAGAAAGAAGAGGACUCGUAGAGGUUGUAGAGCAGGCAGAAGAAAGGGUUUGGAUUGGGUUUGCGGUGUUUUUUUGGAGGUUUGGAAUACCCGUGAGAGACACUCACAGAUGAAUGGCCUAGACGAAGUUCCGAGUCAUGCUUUUAUUGGAGUAGGACGUGUCUCGUGCAGGUAGCUCGCAUGACAACCUUUUACAAUUUAAACUCAGUGUAUACCAACCAUAAAGAGGUCUACUUGCUCUGGAUCGACAUCAGGCCCAAGAGAAUUUGAAAUUUGUGUUAGAAACACUCUUACAGAGAUAUUGCAGGGCAAGUCAGAUCUUGAAGAAAAAUUAGGCGCUAUGAUAUCGGAUAACGUGUCUGUUAUUAAACGCAUCGACACACCGAGACUGCAAACGAAAGCAAAGGAUCAGAAAAUUGAAGAGCUCAAUGGAGAACUUGGUGAGCUUUAAAGAACUUAUCAAUAAAAAUGAACGAUUCUCUAGACGGAAUUACCUGCGUAUUGUAGGUAUCAAACGUGCUAACAAAGUUGGAAACUGUUGGAUCUAGCAGAAAGAGCUGAAGUGUAGUACAUUUAAGAUAACGGCACAACAUUGAGAUUCUACGCAGGGAGGUGGAGAACUUCAUUGAGAGAAAUCUACAAUUUUAAAACCCGUAACUCCAAGCCUAAACUACGUAUGGUUAUUUAUUAUACCAGUUAAUAUGCUUAAUACUUAUAAGGACACUGCCUUAUUGACCACAGUUUGAAAGUUUAAUACUUUCAAACUGAUAGGACAAUAAAUUCGACAAAUUAUAUAAUGACAAACUCUCUUUUUCAUUUAAAUAUUAAAAGCUUACCAAACAAACUUCAUUCUUUAGAACAAUUUUUAAAUUCAUUAAAUUUGAACUUUCCCAUAAUUGGUCUAUCCGAGACGUGGUUAAAUAGUACUAAACCAAAUCCAUUUAAUUAUUCCUUUUUCGCGUAGAAAAGACAGUCUGGAAUUGGGGGAGGGGUAGCCUUUUUUGUUCAUAAUAAUCUUAACGUUAAAAUCAGAUAGGCCUACGAUUUAUCACUUUCCCUCCCAUAUGAAUCAUUUUCAUUGAAAUAAUUCAUAUUCAUAAAAAAUAUACUAUAGUUGGUAUAAUUUAUCGCCCACUUGCUGAAAAUGUCAAACACUUCACUGAAAAAAAAAAUUAAUUAAUUUGAUUUUAAACAAGAUAAACUCCGAAAAUAAAAACUGUCAUUUAACAGGUGAUAUAAACAGUGAUUUAA